AUGUUUAUAAAAGUGAAAACGUUAACGGGGAAAGAAAUAGCUGUCGAGUUGGACGAGAACGAUCGUAUUUAUCAUAUCAAAGAGCUUUUAGAAGAAAAAGAAGGUAUUCCACCUUCUCAACAAAGGCUGAUAUUUCAAGGAAAGCAAAUUAUAGAAAUGACGAACAAACUGUAA